GCCAAUCAGCAAUCAGUUGUGAGCUAACUCAAUUUAGUCAGUGAAGCAUACAUGAUAGGCGAGAUCGAGCUACCCGACCUGAGAGCGGCAAUGAACCUAUGGCUCGAUAACCAGUCUACAAUGGAAGACACCUUGUCAUCUACUUUUAGUCGCAUCACCUCGAUCCUGUCAAGUUUCUACAACUCCUUCCUUGGCCAGACAAAAAGUAACACAUGUCUAAACAUGAUUGCAUCCUACGAUCAAUCGAACAAGCUCUUCAAAGCUUUCCUUUCAUCUGAAAUGAUGUAUUCAUGUGCACUCUGGGAUGAAUCCAAGGGUGGAGUCCGAGGUGAUCUCAAAAUCGGUCCAACUCCUGGCAACCUCGAAGCCGCCCAGCAGAGAAAAAUUCACCAUGUCCUUCAUCAGGCUCAUCUCAAGCCAGGAUAUCGUGUUCUUGAAUUCAGUUCAGGAUGGGGAGGACUCAUGAUCGAGGCUGCUAGCACAUUCGGAUGCACUGUUGAUACCCUCAUGCUUUCCAUUGAGCAGAAGAUGCUCGCUGAGGAAAGAAUCACUGCUGCCGGUCUUUCCAACAAAAUCCGUGUCCACCUCCUUGAUUACCGGGACAUCCCAUCCGAAUGGGAAAAUGCCUUCAAUGCAUUUGUUUCCAUCGAGAUGCUUGAGCAUCCCCACAAUGCUACCGCUGUCAUAUCCGCUUCGACUUUCCCUGAAUCACAGUACUCUUCAUAUGAAGCUGAAGAUUUCAUGCGCAAGUACAUGUGGCCGAAUUCAUGUCUUCCUUCGGCAUCUGCCUUGAUUCAGGUGGCUUCUCCCCACUUCAACCUUGAGCGAGUUGAGAACCAUGCUGCUCACUACCUGCAUACACUCCAAGAGUGGGGAAGGCGGCUGGAGAAGAAUUUGACUCAGGAGAUGUGUCAACAACCAACUAAAUCGACUUAG